GAGCGAGUCAAGGACUUGCUGGAAAAUAGUUGAACAAGAUCUGUCCCAGAUCUCGCGACGUCUGUCUGCGCGGUGGAAAAUGGAAACUGUCUAUGUCAUGAGAACUCUGAAGCCGGGUGAUCAUACAUGAUGUUCAUGUUGUGCGUCGUCGUGUUUUGCGUCCUAGAGCUGGUUUUUUCAUGAGGUGGGGAUGGCUUCCUCCGACGAGGAAGCCCAUUUUACUACAAGGCUGAGCUUUUGGAGACAAUCAAACCCAUAGCGCAAUUUGAGUUUUAUUCAGUUUUGAUGUGCUAGCUCUGCUCCUCAAGGACAGGAAGGAGGAAGCAAUACUUAAUAUAUACGUCGGAGAAGAUCAUGCCGAGGAAUAAUUCCACACGACCUGGUGGCUUUUGUUCACCGACGAUGAAGGUCGUGGCCCCGGCGCUUUGCGCUGUCGUGUUAGGGUUCUUGACAACGAGUAGAACAGGUUUUUCCAGGUCGUUUGCCACGUUGUUUCUUUUGUCUUUUCCACUCUGCUUUUGUGCUGCCCAGGACCAACCCAUGAAUCCUGCGUACGAAGAAGGCGAGCUGAACUAUGUAUUGCAAAAGUUAAACGUACUAGUAUAAAUUGCAUUACAAAUUCGCUCAGCAUGACAAAUGCAAUUUGUAAUGCUGUUUUACCUUUAGGGACAUGAUUUGUCAUGCAUAUGUGCAAUUAGUACGAGCGCGAUACUUUUGCAGAGCAUAUUAACACGGACCUAGUGAAUUACGACAGAACGUUUCGCAAGAAAAACAUCAAUAUCAAAUGUAAAAAUGUCUGGGUCUGGAAGAAUGCAUGUUUGUCAUGCUUGUCUGGCAUGACUCUUAAAUCUGUCAUGCACAUUGUCCAAGAGACGUUUUUUUCUGUCAUGCGGAGACGCAGUUUGUCAUGCAGAAUAGGCAACACCUACAAGCUCAGAAAUUUGUCAUGCUGAGCCAGCACUUGUGGCCUUCUCAUGCUACGCCACUCAGCAUAACAAGUUUCCAGACCCAGACAUUUUUGCAUUUGAUAAUCAAGCACCUGAUCCCGAGGAAGAUGGGGGUGCCGCUCGCGUUCGGCUGGCAGGCGGGCUUUGACGCGGAAUUCGAAAACCGCCCGCAGGUAUCCUCUGCAAAAGCAUCGUAGAAGUAAGUACGAUACUCGUACCAUCCGCAAUACAGGAUGAGUUUUCAUCCAGGUCUUUGUCUUUCUUUGGAACUCCCACAGGCAGCUGCAGCAUGACGUUCGCGUUCUUUUACCGAAAUUACAUACAUAGAAAGAUCUACUCCUCCUGUAUAAUAAUUUUUACAAGCAGUCUUGUCUACACUAGCAGUGCGAGUGCGUGCCAGGACGAUCAUACUACUUCUUUUGCGAUGCAUAGUAGGUGGUCAAAUACAACUGCGUGUACGCAAAAACGUGCCCGGAAAAAGAGACCUGGACGGCAGAAAUGAAGCCCUUCAUAUGGAAGUGUCAGGAUUGAAAUCGACAAAGUUGAAAGGAUUUGCCAUGCAUAAAGUGGAUGCCAGUUGGAGCCCAGUUUCUAAGUGGCGCAUGACAAAUUUUGGUAGUGCAUAAAUCCAGUUUGUAUACUUAUGCUGUUUUGGGUAAGGAAGACGCCUUUUGUGAUGCUACUUUAGCAGCUCUAUUUAAGAAUCAUUUCGACCCCUCAACAGGCUUACAAUCUGCCUCCCUUGCCUACUCUGCAAGACAGGCGCAUUGUGGGUUGCAUUUCAUGCAUCACAAACUAUUUCAACUUUGAGGAUUUCAAUCCUGACGCCUCCAUACUUCAAGCGGUCCGCGUAUUCGAGGCCAGUGCGGUGAACGAGUCGCCGACGUACGGGGUUCUCAAACGUUACACUUUCAACUGUUACAUGAUUUGUGAUGCAAAAUUGCCAUCAGCCACACCACGAUCAAGCUACUUCGCAUGACAAAUUCUCGAAGGGCUAAACAGAAUCGAAAUCUGUGCCGAAUUUGUAAUGCAAAAAGUGCAAGCUUGCUCCCUUCACUGUGUGUGUUCUUGCAUCACAAAUCCAUGUAACAGUUCUUGAGAAUGUAACGUUUGAGAGUCCCAUACGACGCUGGUCCUCGUGUGGGGACUCGUCUCGUCGUGGGGAUCAUCUUCAUGAUCUCCGGAUGUUGCCAUAAUUCCGCCUCAACAGGUGAUCUGGACUUGUUGAUGUCCAAAACGACCUAGAAAAUGUGUAUAGUAUUCGACGUUUUGGUAAAGCCAGUAAAGCGCUCAGGUGCACGAUCAUCAUCAUCAUCAGCAUCAGCAGCAGUAGUAACUGGUACUUAACUACUGAAGUGAGUCCUGGCACCAGCAUCCACUCGUCCUGUAGAUGAAUUGACGCGUCGGUAGUGGUUGUGGUUCUGCCACUCCAUUGCUCCACGAC